UCACUCAUAAUCUGUCUGGUUCUCCAAUGGCAGAAGGUUCAAUGGUCUGGGGCGAGAGUGGCAGAGUGGCUGGGCACCUGAAUCAAGGGAAAUGGAGGAAAACUUUGAUGAAUACAGAAAUGGGCCUGAUCAGGUCUUGCCAGCAACACACAAUAAAACAUGGGAGGCUGACGGAGUGGUCAAACUGUAUAUUGAAGAGGAAGGAGCGAUGGCAGGUGCUCCUUUUUCAGUCCACACAUUGAUGCAGGACAGAGCACGGGAUUAUGCUAAACAUCCUGCUCUAGCUGUGAAGAGGGAAGGAGCUUGGAGGUACUGGACUUACAAAGAAUAUUUUGAAGAGUCCAGAACAGUUGCAAAGGCCUUCAUAAGGCUUGGUCUUGAGAGGUUCCAUGGAGUUUGCAUCAUGGGAUUCAACUCGCCGGAAUGGUUGAUUGCUAACUUUGGUUGUAUAUUUGCUGGUGGUUUGUGUGCAGGUGUUUACACUACAAAUUCUCCGGAAGCUUGUAGACAUUUAGCUGAAAACUGUCGUGCUCAGAUUAUUGUUGUGGAAGAUAAUGCUUGUUUGAACAAAUUUCUGGCGGUCAAAAGAUUUUUACCAGAAAUCAAGGCAAUAAUUCAGUGGUCUGGAGUACCAGGCGCUCCAGGUGUUAUAUCAUGGGCAGAACUCAUGGCAAUUGGUCUUGCUGAAAAAGAUGCUGAGCUUGAAGAUCGUCUUUCUCUGGCUGCUGUCAACCAGUGUUGUACUUUGAUAUACACAUCAGGUACCACAGGCCCACCAAAAGGAGUUAUGUGUUCGCAGGAUCACCUCACUUGGGGAAGUUCGCAGUACCAGGCUAAUACAAAUCAUGAAUUAUGCACAGAAGUUUUCGUGUCUUAUCUUCCUCUCAGUCAUCUUGCUGCUCAGAUGCUUGAUGUAUAUUUAGCAUGUACAAUCGGAGCUACAGUUUAUUUUGCACAACCUGAUGCCUUGAAGGGGACACUAGGUCAAACACUACAAGAGGUACGUCCAACUUGUUUCUUGGGAGUGCCAAGAGUUUGGGAGAAGAUAUAUGAAAGAAUGCAGGAAGCUGGUGCACAAGUUGGUGGGGUGAAGAAGGCUGUAGCUACAUGGGCCAAAUACCAUGGUCUCAAUUACUUCAAUGCAUUACGUGAUGGCAGGACUUUGUCUACAUAUGAGAGAGCUUGCAACUCAUUAGCAAAAGCACUCAUCUUGAAUAAAGUGAAGGCAGCUAUUGGGUUCAACCGCGCUGAAAAGUUUGUAUCAGGUGCUGCACCCAUAUCAAAAGAUGUCCUUGAGUAUUUUAUGAGUAUUAACAUCCCCAUUAUGGAAGGAUAUGGCAUGUCAGAAAGUCUCAGCAUAUGUUCUAUGUCAUACCCGGAACAAGAUCGCUUCAGGCUUGGUAGUGUUGGCAAGGCUCUUCCACAAUGUUAUACAAAACUGGCACCAGUUGAUGGAUGCAAGCCAGAUGAAGGAGAGAUAUGCAUGAAGGGAAGAAGUGUGUUUAUGGGGUAUUUACAUAUGCCGGAGAAGACUAGUGAGACGAUUGAUGAUGAGGGAUGGCUGCACUCAGGAGAUAUAGGAAGAUUCGAUGAAGAUGGAUUUCUCUACAUUACUGGGCGGAUCAAGGAGUUGAUCAUAACAGCAGGUGGUGAGAACAUCCCACCUGUGUUGAUUGAGGAAGCAGUCAAGAAGGAACUGCCAUUCGUCAGUUUUGCAUUUCUAUGUGGUGAUCGUAGAAAAUAUCUGUCAAUGCUCUUGACAUUAAAGGCCGAGACAGAUGAUACCACUGGGGAGCCACAACAGAUCUUGACACCAGCUUGCCAAGCAUUGUUUAAGGACCUUGGUUGUGAUGUCCAGACUGUGGCAGAGGCUGUGGCUGAGGUGAAGGAGAAUCCUAGUGGACCUUUAGCCAAAGCUAUACAGGAUGGAAUUGAGAGGUACAACAAAUCUGGAGCAGUUUCGAAUGCACAGAAAAUCCAAAAAUGGGCGCUUCUUCCACUGGACUUCUCUCAACCAACAGGAGAACUCAAUAAUACUUUAAAGCUAAAGAGGAGCUUUGUUCAGGAAAAGUAUAAAGACAUAAUUGACUCUAUGUACAUACCAAACAAGUCACUGGAUGUGGCAAGUAAGCUGUGAGGGAAAUUAGGUAUUUAUCAAUUUUUAUCUUGUCACCUUGUUACUGUUUGUUUGACGGUAGUUUUAUGUUUAUGAAAAUGAAAAUGACACAAUUUUUUUGUUAUUGUUGCAUGGGAAUGAACAAAAAUAUAUGUUGUUGUAAUUCACUGAUCUAUGGAAAAGAAAAAAAUGGAUGAAGCAUUUAUUAUUUCAUUUAUAGAGUGAAGCUGACAAAAAUUCAUGACAACCAUCUUGGAGUGACCACCAUGCAGUGGGGAUAUAGUUUGUAAAGUACACUUGGAGUAGAGAGAAGUAAAAAUUUUACAUUUUAUGAUCAUGUGUUAUAGGCAGGGUGAUUUGGCAUCCUUGGUAGCUGAUAAAAAAGCUGUGUUUCCGAAGGGGAGGGUCUGCCUGGGAUAUAUGAUAUGAUGAAAAAAGAGAGAUAUUCAGAUUUUUGGAAACCUUCUGUAUGUUCUAUAAAAGUUUGGAAGUGAACUUUGCAAAUAUAAAGAAGAUACAGCAUAUUUUGUCUAACCUAAUACUGUAUUUCCCUUAAUGUAUGCAUCGUGGCCUAAAUGAUCCCUUUUCGUUGUGUGUUGCAA